AUGCUACGAGACGUCCCUGAGGCAUCACCUUCAAUUGAGACUCGAGUCACGGCUUUCUUCAACGUCACCAGCCGCGGAACUGCAGCUGAGUCACCUGCAAGACAGCGCCUAUUGGUUUGGACUGGUGUCUCACAAGCACGUGUGUGGAGACUGGUAUCCCAACAGGUCGAUGACUACGGCGCAGUUACUAUCGAUCACAGCAACAGUAGCAGGAACGACCUGCUGACUGAUGCCACAGUGCUCAGGAUUUUGCAGUUGGGAAGUGCCUGCAAAUCUCUAUGCUGGGCAGCUAUUACGGAUGUCCAGGAUUCAUUAUUUUACAAUCGCACAAGUCUCGAUUUACACGCCGCCCUAGAGUUCUCUUUUACGAAGCUCCGACAAUUUGAGCUUGUCUUUGGCCCACGGAUGGAUCACAUUGCAAAGGACUUCCUUUUGCUAGAUGAGAAAAGUCAACUUGGCUAUAUUUGGCUUGUGAUUCAUUUUCACCUAGGUAUACUAAUCUUAGCGGACGCCCUGGACGUCGGACUAGCAGAAACGACUCUCGAAGAGGACGCGACGAUAGCCAAGUAUAAGCUUGGAGCCGUUCGUGGAAUUGCCAACAUCAUCAACCUUGUUCGACAGUUCGAUAAUCUGAAUCCUCAGCAAAGUAGUCUGCUACUGCGGGAUCCCUACCCCGAACAUGCCAGUACUGCCAUGCUAAAGGCAGCCGAGUCUGUCGUUGGACUUAUGAAGACUCAGGUCAUCACGACAGGUGCGGCCUCUGUGUUAGCUAGCUCCAUCAUGCAAGGAUUGCGAAUUGUAGCUCAAAUCUCCUACAGCGCGGAGCAGGCUCAGAAUAAUUUACCGAGCAUAUUUCAGGAGAGCGGCGUACCGCUCGCUAGCAACGGGGGAGCUCAUGGUCGUGCGAAUCCUGUUCCGACCGUCUUGCUGGACUCCGCUGUCACUCCAGAAAUGCUGGGAAAUGAAACUCUCAGAGAAUUGAGACAGCAAGCAGAAUCAGACCCGCGUCUGGUACUCAAAACGAUCGAGCGCCACGAGAUUCCUGACUCAACGACUGAUUUCGGGCUCGACUAUUUGCAAUACAUCGAUUUCUCAACUGUGGCAGCAAACUGGGAAUUUGAUGAUGUUUUUGCCGGCAGCUGA